AUCCUAAUGCCACUCCAUGACAGCACAUUAUUUAUAUGAAUGCCCCAACGCACAGACGUAUGGACUGCUUCAUAUGAGACCGUCGAGGACUGUUGACAGACUAGUAGCCUACAAACCCAAUAGAGUCAAUAGACUAUAAAUGUCCCAGCGCUGAACUGUCAUCUGAACACGGUGGUGUCAUGGCCAGCGCCAUCCAAGAGCGCGCGGACACCGAAAAGGACUCACCGAAAGAGAACAAACCGGAGAAUAACACUCGCUCCCUGAGCUCGCCACCUUCACCGCAGACAACGUGCACACAGCAGGGAAUGGAUGGAAUAAAAGUAUACAUGGAAGAGCGGGAACUGUGGGAUAAAUUCCAUGAGGUUGGAACGGAGAUGAUCAUCACUAAGGCGGGAAGGCGGAUGUUCCCCUGCUACAAGGUGAAGGUGACGGGCCUCAACCCUAAAAGCAAGUACAUUCUCCUCAUGGAUAUCGUGCCAGCAGAUGACCACCGCUACAAGUUCGCUGAUAAUAAAUGGUCUGUUUCGGGGAAGGCGGAGCCGGCCAUGCCAGGGAGGUUGUACGUCCACCCUGACUCUCCAGCCACUGGGAGCCACUGGGCACGCCAGCUUGUCUCCUUCCAGAAACUCAAACUCACUAACAACCACCUGGACCCCUUUGGACACAUUAUAUUAAACUCAAUGCAUAAAUACCAACCCCGCCUCCACAUCGUUAAAGCAGAUGAACACAAUGGGUUUGGUUCGAAGAACACAGCCUUCUGCACGCACAUGUUCUCAGAGACCUCAUUCAUCGCCGUGACAUCAUACCAGAACCACAAGAUCACCCAGCUGAAGAUAGAGAACAACCCGUUCGCUAAGGGCUUCAGAGGCAGUGAUGACAUGGAGCUGCACCGCAUGGCUAAGAUACAGGGUAAGGAGUAUCCGGUGGUUCCUCGUAGCUCAGUGCGUCAGAGGGUGUGUCCUAGUGUGAGUCCGUUUGGGGGGGAAGCGAGGGGGUUGGGUUCACACCCCUAUUCCUGUGAGAAUGGGGUGAGCAGCACCACCCAGGAUCUCCUCACCCUCCCUCCAGCCCCCUACACCCUCCCCCAACCAGACCCACACAAACACAUGCAGGUGUACCACUGCAACAAGAGGAAAGCAGAUGAUACCUGUCCUACAACAGAGCAUCACCAGUACAGGAAGUCCUACAUCAACAGUUCUCCCAGCGAUGUUGAGUCUUACUAUCACCCAUCUGCUUACCCUCCUCCUCCUCUUCCUCCCGCUGUCCAUCCCCAUCCCCCUGGUCUCUCUGACUCCCUCUACAGGUCAGAGGCGGGGCAGCGGCAGGCGUGUAUGUUUGCUGGAUCUGAGCCCAGAGUGGAUGACCUCAGCUGUACAUCCUGGUCCUACAGCUGCCCUUUGACUCCUGCUAUGACCCCCAUGGCCCCUACUGACCCCUACAUGACCUUCCCCCACCAGCCCUACUCCUCCAGUCCCCGGGGCUCUCAGCUGAGCUCAGUAGCCCACCAAUGUUCUCCUCCUCUGGACUCUCUCUCCCAGUGCCCCUACCAGACCCAGAACUCCAGACCACCCCAGAUACCCCAACACACCAGCCCACCCCUCAGAGAGUACCACUGCUACCCCACCUCCCUGUCUCCUACCCAAUACCACACCCUACACACACAGACCAGGGGAGGGGUCCCAGAGUGGAGCGAGCCCACCUGAUUGAACCACAGGUGUAGGGGAAAGACAGACUGGUGACUGGGGGUUCUAUUUAUGUGAGGUGUUUAUGUGAGGUGUGUUGUUUGAUGUGUGAAGAGAUUUAAUUUGCCAAUUGUGUCUUUCCCUGUGCUGUGGAUUGAGCCUUGGAUUGUCUUUGUGUUACAUUUAAUACCACCCCCCACUGUCUGGGACCACUCCGGAAGGAACUGAUGUUAGCGGAACCAGGUGGAUAAGCACUAUAAGGAGGGACAGGAAGGAAGAUGACAACGUUCCAAACCUCAUCCCUGAGACUGUUUUUAAUAAUGCACUAUGUUACCUGUCUGUCACUUGAAGAAGUGUGACAGUGUCUCUGUGGCCGUGGUUUCCAGUUGGUUUGUGUGUGUGUGUGUGUGUGUGUGUGUGUGUGUGUGUGUGUGUGUGUGUGUGUGUGUGUGUGUGUGUGUGUGUGUGUGUGUGUGUGUGUGUGUGUGUGUGUGUGUGUGUGUGUGUGUGUGUGUGUGUGUGUGUGUGUGUGUGUGUGUGUGUGUGUGUGCGUGCGUGCGUGCGUGCGUGCGUGUUUGUGUCAGCUCAGCUCAGGGCUGCUGUGAGUUAAUGUCGUCUGAGAGGCUGGCUGAGUGGCCACAGGCAGAGCAGAAGAGAGAUAAACAGUUAGUUUAGAACAGGCUGCAGGGAGUAAGAUGUGACACACACACACACACACACACACACACACACACACACACACACACACACACACACACACACACACACACACACACACACACACACACACACACACACACACACACACACACACACACACACACACACACACACACACACAGGGCCAUGCACAGAUCUUUGGUGGGGCAGGUUCUCAUUUCAGGCUUCAAACAUAAAGAUAUAAAACUGUAUUUUUUUGUGAAGAAUCAACAACAAGUGGGACACAAUCAUGAAGUGGAACAACAUUUAUUGGAUAUUUCAAACUUUUUUAACAAAUCAAA